AUGGCCGCACCCGUCGCAGGCAAAUGGGAUGCCAGAUACUCCGGCCCAAUUCCCCAUGACUUGAGCUAUUAUUCCAAGGCGCUUCUUGGUGGUGCACUCGCCUGCGGAGUCACCCACGCCGGUAUCACUCCUCUCGAUGUCGCAAAAUGUAAUAUGCAGGUCGACCCGCUCAAGUACAAGGGUCUCUUCCCUUCUCUUGGUCUGCUUCUGAAGGAAGAGGGUCAAACCGGUCUCUGGAAAGGAUUUGGCCCCACUCUCGUUGGCUAUUCGCUGCAGGGAAUGUUCAAAUACGGGCUCUAUGAAGUUUUCAAAGACACGUACAUGAAUCUCGCUGGCGAGGAACUCUCCAACAAAUACAAGCCCGCCAUUUGGUUGGCCGGCUCUGCCUCUGCUGAAGUAUUUGCCGACAUCGCCCUCUGCCCCCUCGAGAUGACAAAGGUCAAAAUCCAAACCAGCAAAACCGGCACCUUCCCCACCUCUUUCGGACCGGCUCUCACAAAAAUGCGUGCCAGUCCAGAAACACGUUUCCCCUUCGGCUCCCUCGUUCCUCUCUGGUCCCGCCAGAUUCCCUACACCAUGGCCAAAUUCUUCUUCUUCGAGAAGAUUGUCCAGCUCUUCUACACUCACGUCUAUACCGAGCCCAAGGAGACCUACAGCAAAACUACCCAACUCGGCGUUACCUUCGCUUCUGGAUACCUGGCCGGCAUCAUCUGCGCUAUCGUCUCUCAUCCUGCCGAUUCGCUCGUUUCUCUGCAAGGCAAGGUUGAGAACAAGGGCAAAACACUGGGCCAAAUUUACUCCGAGGUCGGUAUCGGUAAGCUUGCGACGAAGGGUCUCGGCACACGUGUGGUCAUGAUCGGUACUCUCACUGGCUUCCAAUGGUGGAUCUACGACUCAUUCAAGUCGGCCAUGGGCAUGGGCACGACUGGUGGCAAGUAG